AUGGUAGUAGGAAUUAAUAAAGAUGUUAUCCGAAGUGACAAAUAUAGUGCCUAUCACGUAGAAGAGCUCAGUAAAAUACUCUAUUGUGGGAGAAAGGAAGAUAAUAAGAAGUCUGAUGUAGAAGUACAAACAGAGAACCACCCUCCUUGGUCAAUCUCAGAUUAUUAUUAUCAGACAUACUAUAAGGAUCUUAGUCUUCCAAAUAAAGUGACAGAACUUUCAGUUCAGCAAGAUCAGGAUAUCGAAGCUUCUGCUUAUAAUUUUAAAGACCAGUCACAAAUAGAAAAUGAUGUGUAUGCAGGUACUGAUGUAACGGAAAAGGUUGAAUGUGAACAAGAGGACCAUUUUGCCUUAAAUUCACAGGAGCCAGCAUCUGCAUUAGCAACAGAGGAUGCAUCCUUAGAAGGUUCAUCAUUAGCUGAAAGUUUGAGAGCUGCAGCAGAAGCUGCUGUAUCACAGACGGGAUUUAGUUAUGAUGAGAAUACUGGACUGUAUUUUGACCACAGCACUGGUUUCUAUUAUGAUUCUGAAAAUCAACUAUAUUAUGAUCCUUCCACUGGAAUUUAUUACUACUGUGAUGUGGAAAGUGGUCGAUAUCAAUUUCAUUCUCGAGUAGAUUUGCAGCCUUAUCAGACUUCUGGCACAAAACAAAGUAAAGAUAAAAAGUUGAAGAAGAAAAGAAAGGAUCCAGAUUCUUCUACAGCAAAUGAGGAAAAGGAUUUGAAUUCAGAAGAUCAAAAAGCAUCCAGUGUUGAACAUAUAAACUGCAGUGAGGGAGAAGAUUGUGCAAAUGUGAAAAAGAAGGCCAAAGUAGACAUUCAUUACAAAAAUAGUUCCCAUGAAUUCACUGUUCCAGUUAUUGGAAAGACUAUAGAAUUUCCUCUUAAUGAAAACAUCUAUAAUUCGACUUCAUUUAAAGAUGAGAAAAUCAUAGAGACUGAUAGUGAGCCAGAAGAAGGUGAAAUUACAGACUCUCAGACUGAGGACAGUUAUGACGAAGACAUUACCAGUGAAGACAAUGUAACUGCAGAAGAUACUGAGGAUGAAGAUGAGGAAAAAAUUUGGCCCCCUUGUAUUAGAGUAAUUGUUAUUAGAUCACCAGUGUUGCAGACAGGAUCACUUUUUAUCAUUACAGCUGUAAAUCCUGCUACCAUUGGAAGAGAAAAAGAUAUGGAGCAUACUCUCCGAAUCCCUGAAGUUGGUGUCAGUAAGUUUCAUGCAGAAAUUUAUUUUGACCAUGACUUACAAAGUUAUGUCCUUGUGGAUCAAGGCAGUCAAAAUGGUACAGUUGUUAAUGGAAAACAGAUUCUUCAGCCUAAAACUAAAUGUGACCCUUAUGUACUUGAGCAUGGAGAUGAAGUGAAAAUUGGAGAGACUGUGUUGUCCUUUCACAUUCACCCUGGCAGUGAUACCUGUGAUGGCUGCGAACCAGGGCAGGUUAGAGCUCACCUUCGUCUUGAUAAGAAAGAUGAAUCUUUUGUUGGUCCAACACUAAGCAAGGAAGAGAAAGAGUUGGAAAGGAGAAAAGAGUUAAAGAAAAUACGAGUAAAAUAUGGUUUACGGAAUACAGACUAUGAAGAUGAAAAGGCAUUGAAGAAUCCAAAAUAUAAAGAUAGAGCAGGGAAACGGAGGAAGCAGAUUGGAAGUGAAGGAACUUUCCAAAGAGAUGAUGCUCCUGCAUCUGUUCAUUCUGAAAUUACUGAUAGCAACAAAGGUCGGAAGAUGUUGGAAAAGAUGGGUUGGAAAAAAGGAGAGGGCCUGGGGAAGGACGGCGGAGGAAUGAAAACUCCGAUUCAGCUUCAGCUUCGACGAACACAUGCAGGCUUGGGGACAGGUAAGCCAUCCUCAAUUGAAGAUGUUCACCUUCUCCAAAACAAGAGCAAGAAGAACUGGGAGAAAGCACGAGAGAGGUUUGCUGAAAACUUUCCAGAAACUAAGCCUCAAAAAGACGCACCAGGGACUGUUCCUUGGGUCAAAGGGACUGUAGAGUGAAGGUCAGUCCUAGAACACAAUUCAAGCUUUUUAACAGAGAAUCUGGAACUUUUCCCUCCAAAAGAGCCAGUGGCAUGAGGGAACCUGUAUCACAAUUUACCCCCUCAUGAUUCAAAUAUGUAUAAUAAAGUGUGGUUUGCAGCUUUUAAAAAACAUUUUUUAAAAACUAGUAAGUAGUGAAUGUAUCAAGUUAUUUGAUGGGUGGAUUAAAGUUCACAGGGCAUGGAUGAGCUUAUCAAACUUUGUUAUUUUAUCUUGUCAUUUAUAAGACCUACAUAAGUAACUAGCCAUAUCAGCAAAAAAUUCAUAUCCCCACUAAUGAUUUAAAUGUACAUUUGUCUUUGUCUCCAUAUGUUCAUUAUGUUGAGAAAACAUGGGUAGAGGUGCAUAAAUUUUAUUUUCCUUGAAAUAAUGUUAAGUAAUAGUAUUGAAGAACUAACGAACAGGUGACACGUAGAAAAUUAGUCUUUCAUUGUUUUCUUCUGUGAAGAAUCUGUUGAUUUGUACUAUAUAUUAAGCAUUUACAUUGGUUUGUUUCAUAGAUUAAAUAUUUAGAUAUGAACAAUUGAGUACAGUAUUGAAAUAUUCAUUGUACUGGCAUUUGUAGUUUUGAUAAAUCCCAUUGCUGGCAAUGGAGUUUUGCCAGAUAAAUCUAAUUUCUACUGCCAACAGAUUAUCUAGCCAAGGCCUCAAACUCAAGUAUUUAUUGAAAAUGUUCUCAAAUGCAAUAAACACAUUGUAACAUCAGAAAGAGUGAUUCAUUGAACCAAUGAUUUAAACAUACUGGUCUGCUUUGAACUCACUACCAGCCAGAAUUUUCCUUUUGAAAGUGGCAGAGCAGUGACAAGAGGACUCCCUGGAAUGCUGGAGAGCUGCAGUGCAGUUUCCUGAGUGCAGGUGUCACCGCUCUGCCAGUUAUCACUAUUUUCUUCCGUUGGACUUUUCUCUCAGCUCUUGUCUGGGAAAUUAAUGCUGGAACUGACCCUCUUUUGGCAGUGAAUAUAAGCUACAGCUCCCUCAUCUGCUAUAAAGAAAUGUCUUCAAGAUUUAGAAUAGGAAAGAAAAAUUCUGGAAAAAAAAAAGUACAAUAGGGAAAAUAAUUCAGAAGAAAAGGCUACCUGUUGGAAUUUCUAGUCUAAAUGGUAUAGGGUACGUCGAAAGAAAAGGGAGUGAGGAAAGAAAAAUAAAUUUAUUAUUAAAGAUGAGACAUGUGACCAAAUUAUUAAGUCCCUUAAAGCCUAAGUUGGGAUAAUCAGAGGCCCUAGAACUCCAGAUGUGGUUAUAAUAUUUUUCUGUAUCCUUCCUGGCCACCUACACACCCUAACACAAAUAUAUGUGCAUUAGACUUGGAGGCAACAGGAGUUUCCUGCAUUAUUUUCUCUAAAUUAGAAAAAUAAUUACUCAUCUAAAUGUGGUUUGGUACUGGUGCCCUGUAUAUAGGUAACGAUACAGAAUUCCCAAAGUAGACUUUGCUUCUGGUAGAUCUUACUCAUUGGGUUAGUAUACUGUCUAUAUAGUUCCCAUUUUUAUUACUGUUUUGCAGAAAACUUUUUUCAUUGUUUUCUUUUGUUAAGAAAAUGGAAACUUGAAAAUGGUGAUAAAAAUUGAAAAACAACAACCCUGAAAUAUAUGUGAUACUUGCAGUAUUAAACCCCUUUGCAGAUCAAAGUCUCAGGGCUACACUGUAUAGUGGUUAAAGCACUGAAUCAUGUCUGUAUCUAUUUCCAAUUAUGAAAUAAUACUCAUUUCACAUGUCUGUCUUAAAUAGAAAAUGAGAAAAUGUAUAUAAAACCACUUUGUAAACCAUAAAAGUAGUACAAAUGUGAGCUUCUGUUUGUUCAGAAGCAUACAUGUCAAUUAUGUACAAUUUGGAUUACACAUAAAAUUGUUUUGUGUCUAGUAUUUUAAAUUAUAGUUUAUUCACACUAUGUAGAGUUAUUAAUUUAAUAGCCUUUAAGGGUUAUUUUAAGUGGAGCUACAAGUUGCUAAUUUGAGAAAUCUUAACAUUUUAUAUUUUUGCCAGAACAUGAGAAGUUGGUAAAAUUGAGAACAGAAGAAACUAUCAACAUUAAAGAAAAAUAACAAAUUUUUUUCUAUAAUUAAAUAGUUAAAUACUUUUUCUCAAAAAGAAAGGAUUUUUUUUCUGCUUUUAGACAGUUUUUACUUCUGAUGGUUCACCCGAAUCAAAUACCUUCCAACGUAUUGUGUAAAAUAUUAUUUCUUAAUUUGGUACAUUUUCAAAUUGCAGGCAAAAGAAGAUAGAAAUUUCCAACAAGGUAGAGCAGACGUAUCAGAGGUUUUGCACAAGGCCACCCUAUCGAAUUGCAGGAAAGAGGGAUGUGCUUGGCAGGGAGCCAGAAAGGCAUUUCUGGACCCAACACGUUCUCAGGAACAGUUGAAAGUAUUUUCUCUAACAUCUUAUUCUAAAUGGCUUAUUUUUGUAGGGCAUCACUUUUGUGUCUGAAUCUUUGAUUCAAAAUGUUUUAUUUUAUCUUUUUAGACUGUAAAGUUGGAAAUACAUUUGGAUUCUUUAAAAUGA